UGGAACAAACGGACUAGGAUAAAAUAUAACAAAACAGGCGACGACAGUGUACCUGCUUAAAGGAGCCGCUGUCUCAGUGAAACAUCAACUCUACCGAGCAAGUAAGUAAAGAAAACACUUUCGAAGUGGGGUUGUUGAGGAAAAACCCCAACACUGAGCGGAAACACUAAAUAAGUACAGCUAAAACAAGUGUGGUCUCUUGAUGUUAAUGAAAUCGAGCAGGAGUCAGGAUAGGAUAGGAUCGACCCCGGGGGAUCAAAUAGCAAACAUGUUAUUAUAGAAGAAGAGGAAGAAGAACAUGAAAGCAAACCUGAAAACUAGAAACAUAUGUGAAUGAAAGCGCCUGAAGUGGACCAUCGGAUUACCAUGCCUUUUUAUUUUGCAGGAUUGUUUGAAAAAAGUAAAGUUUGCAACGUUUGAUUGUGGAAUUUUGUUCUGCGAAACAGCUGAUUUUAGCUGUGCCUGUGACUGCUGGUGGGGCCACCUGUUUGUUUAUUCACUUCUAAUCACCAUGUCUAAAGUGAUGCAAAAGAAAAACCACUGGACGGCCAAAGUUCACGACUGUACGGUUUGCAAAGACGCCGAAGGAGAGCUGAAUGUGGGCUUCCUCGGGGGGGCAGAGAAUGGAGAGUUUCCAUAUAUUGGAAAGGUUAACGAGGAUAAUGUGGUUUACAAAGACGGGAAAUUAACAGAAGGAGACUUGGUCCUGGAAGUGGAGGGGCUUGCCGUGUCCGGAUUACCCCUCUAUGAUGUGUUGACAGUGAUCAAGAACUGCUCAGGUCCCGUCAAGUUGAAGUGUGUCAAACAAGGCAGCCGGCUCAACAAGGAUCUCAAGCAUUAUCUAAGCCUGAGGUUUCAGAAGUCAUCCCAAGACCACGAGCUGCAGCAAACCAUCCGAGAUAACCUUUAUCGCCACGCUGUGCCUUGCACAACCCGCGCCCCUAGAGACGGAGAAGUCCCAGGUGUAGAUUACAACUUCCUCACGGUGCAGGAAUUUUUUAACUUUGAACAGAGUGGAACUCUUCUUGAAAUUGGAACAUAUGAAGGUAACUAUUAUGGAACACCCAAGCCUCCCAGCCAGCCCCUCAGUGGGAAAGUGAUUACCAGUGAUGCUUUGCAAGACAGCCAGCCUGGAUCACAGCACUCAACCCCCAAACGAACGAAGUCUUACAAUGAUAUGCAAAAUGCUGGUCUAGUCCACACAGAGAAUGAAGAUGAUGAAGAAGUCCUUGAAAUGAACAGCAGCUUCACAGCAGAUUCUAGUGAACACGACGAGCACAUCGCAACACAGACACCACCGAGAGAGAAAGCCCCCUUGUACAGCGUCAACAACACCGCUGUGUCAAUCACGGAACACUCUCAGCAGCCACAGCCACACCUUCACCCUCCUGAAGAGGACGAGCUAGGCCCUCUGCCAGAGAACUGGGAGAUGGCGUACACAGAGAACGGAGAGGUCUACUUUAUAGACCACAACACAAAAACAACAUCCUGGAUAGACCCACGGUGCCUGGAAAAGCAGGAGAAACCACUGGAAGAAUGUGAAGAUGACGAAGGGGUACACACAGAGGAACUGGACAAUGAACUAGAAUUACCAGCUGGAUGGGAGAAAAUUGAAGACCCAGUGUAUGGUGUUUACUAUGUGGAUCACAUCAACAGAAAGACACAGUAUGAAAAUCCUGUUCUUGAAGCCAAAAGAAAAAAACAGCUCGAACAGCAACAGCCACCAGAAGGUGAGCGAUACAUUCGAGAAUGGAUAGAGGAGCACUCAUCGGCUGGGCCUCCCCUUGCCAAUUAUGCUUCAAACCACCAGGAGACCUAUAGAGAGGCCCAGGCAGCACCCCCACCACUACCAUCACAACAACAGCAGCCGCAACAACAACCCCAACAACAUGCAGGAAAGGCAUUCUUCACCAGAAACCCUGCCGAGCUUAAAGGGACAUUUAUCCACACGAAACUAAAGAAAAGCAGACGAGGGUUUGGCUUCACUGUGGUUGGUGGGGACGAACCUGACGAAUUCCUUCAGAUUAAAAGCUUGGUUCUUGAUGGACCUGCUGCACUUGAUGGAAAAAUGGAGACAGGUGAUGUUAUUGUAAGUGUUAAUGACACAUGUGUACUGGGAUAUACGCACGCUCAGGUUGUGAAAAUCUUCCAGUCCAUUCCAAUUGGUGCCAUGGUGGACCUUGAACUGUGCCGGGGUUACCCUCUGCCCUUUGACCCUGAUGACCCCAACACCAGCUUGGUGACCUCUGUGGCGAUUGUGGACAAGGAGCCCAUCAUUGUCAAUGGCCAAGAAAACUAUGACUCGCCGUCUAGCCAUAGUAGCCAAACAGGAAACAUGAACGCAAUGAAGGAGCCAAGGCCCUAUAGUCCUUCAGCUGAGGUUACGUCCAAUGGUUCCCAUAGUUACCCCAGCGAUGUGGUCACUUUGGCAUCUUCUAUUGCAACACAGCCUGAACUCAUUACAGUUCAUAUGGAGAAAGGAGAUAAAGGCUUUGGUUUUACCAUAGCAGACAGUCUUGGUGGUGGUGGCCAGAGGGUGAAACAGAUUGUUGAUUAUCCAAGGUGCCGAGGCCUAAAGGAAGGGGAUAUUAUAAUUGAAGUAAACAAGAAGAAUGUGCAGAACCUGACUCAUAAUCAAGUUGUGGAAAUGCUGAGUAAAUGCCCUAAAGGAAGCGAAGUGACAAUGCUAGUUCAAAGAGGACUGGUGGCUCAAAAGAAAGGUCCAAUGCCGCAACAGCUUGAGAGAAAAGACAGUCAGAACAGCUCCCAGCACAGCGUUUCCAGCCAUCAUAGUGCGCACAGAGACUCCCCAGCUCACAGCACCCCAGUGCUUCCUAGCUACCCCAACAACAGCAGCAGCAACGAGGCACCCGCAUCAGACACGGGGGACGGCUCUGCACAGAAAAAGCCGGAUCCCUUUAAAAUCUGGGCACAGUCAAGGAGCAUGUAUGAAAGUAGGCAGCCUGAUUAUCAGGAGCAGGACAUUUUCCUGUGGAGAAAAGACACAGGGUUUGGAUUUCGAAUUCUGGGAGGCAAUGAACCAGGAGAGCCUAUUUAUAUUGGUCAUAUAGUGAAAUACGGUGCUUCAGAUGAGGAUGGGCGUCUCCGGUCAGGAGAUGAGGUGAUCUGUGUGGAUGGAACCUCAGUCGUAGCCAAGUCCCACCAGCUGGUAGUGCAGCUGAUGCAACAGGCUGCCAAGCAGGGGCAUGUGAAUCUUACUGUGAGGCGCAAAACAGGAUAUGCAGCAGUAACAAAAGGUGAAAACGAGGUCCCGGCCUCCCCUGCCUCCUCCCAUCACAGCAGUACCCAGGCGCCCUCCCUGACGGAAGAGAAGCGGACUCCGCAGGGAAGCCAGAACUCCCUGAACACUGUGAGCUCAGGGAGCGGCAGCACAAGUGGCAUUGGCAGUGGGGGUGGGGGCGGCAGUGCUGUGGUCAGCACCGCGGUCCAGCCGUACGAUGUUGAGAUCCGCCGCGGAGAGAACGAAGGCUUUGGUUUUGUGAUAGUUUCUUCAGUCAGCCGACCAGAGGCAGGAACAACUUUUGCGGGAAAUGCAUGUGUGGCCAUGCCUCACAAAAUAGGUCGGAUAAUUGAGGGGAGCCCCGCUGACCGCUGCGGCAAGCUGAAAGUGGGAGACAGAAUCCUGGCUGUCAACAGCUGCUCCAUCACCAAUAAGUCGCACUCAGACAUCGUCAACUUAAUCAAAGAAGCUGGAAACACUGUCACGCUACGAAUCAUUCCAGGAGAUGAAUCCUCUAAUGCGUCCUUAUUGACCAAUGCAGAAAAGAUUGCAACCAUAACAACCACACAUACCCCUCAGCAGCAGGCAACACCAGAGGCUAGAAACAAUGCAAAACCAAAACAGGAUUCUCAGUAUGAAUUUAAAGCCCUACCACCAACAACACAACAACCUCAAGCUCAGGAUCCAGAGUUUUACACUGUCGAUCUGGAAAGGGGAAAUAAAGGGUUUGGAUUCAGUCUGCGAGGAGGCCGGGAGUACAACAUGGAUCUCUAUGUUCUUCGGUUAGCUGAAGAUGGCGCUGCUGUGCGCUGUGGGAAAAUUAGGGUUGGUGAUGAGAUUCUGGAGAUCAACGGAGAAAGCACAAAAACCAUGAAGCAUGCUCGUGCAAUAGAACUCAUUAAAAAUGGGGGCCGCAGAGUCCACAUGCUUCUGAAACGUGGAGAUGGUUCUGUCCCAGAAUAUGACCCCAGCAAUGACAGGAACACUCCCACCUCCGGUUCACAAAAUCUUCCGGAAAUGAGAACCAUGCCAUCAGACAGUCGAUUACACCCAUUAUCGGAGUCCAAUUACCCACCAGAACUUCACAAAUCAUUACAACAUGGGGACAAGAGAACAAGAGAGUCUAGAGGCAACAGGGAGCACAGCAGACUCCCUAAUGAGCACCACACGUGGAAUGGGCACGGAAACUACAACAGCCUUUCAAAUAGGAGACACAGGUCACCAGAGCGGAGGAGGACACAGGAACCAGAAAAGAAGGUCACAGAGAACCCAGUCUUAAAGUUGGGACAGCAGCUACUAAAGAAGAUGGACCUGCAAUCGUCAAAGAAGGUAGACCAUCAACCAAGAAUGAGGGCGGAAAAUGGCCUGCACCACAGUAACCAUCGAUCUCCCGAGAAGAGGCAUAGUGGAGCUGGGAAUGCUGACGAUACCUGGGACGGCGGGCAAGAAAGGAGGAGGGCGAGGUCCCCUGAGAGGAGACGGGAGGAUAGCUCUCUACCCCGCCGGAGGAGGUCCCUGGACAGACACGAGGAUACAAGAAGGUCACCCGAAAGGAAAAGGAACUACUCUCCUGAACGGACAAGGGCAAAGUCAACAGACAGAAGACGAGAGAGAUCUCCAGAGAGGAGGAGAGACAGGUCGCCUGAGAAAAGGUACACAGAUGAUAAGUUCUGGCAGCAAAUCAAAGAGGGAAACACUGUACAGUCUAGUUCAAGCAGAGGCUCCAGACAACCCCCAGAACCAAAACGACGACCCUACAGAGAGAACCACAAUGAUCUCAGCAUCUGAUCCAGAAUCUGGGUUGAGCUGCAUUUCUUUGCUCAGGACCAGUCCAUCGUCCUUGGAUGAAAUGGAGCCUGAACUUUGGAAGAAAUUCAUCAUUUUGAUUUGUGUUUUUAUGUUUUCAGACAUCCAGGAAUUACCAACCUUUACAGCUGAAGUACAAUCUUAAAGGUGCAUUUUUUCAGAAAUGCCUUCAUCUGAAUUUUAUAGACAAACAAAACAAACAAAAAGUAAAUAUGUGCCUAACAUACUGUAUUAAUGAGGGUUUUUGUUUGACAAAAGACAGGCUUUUUUCAAACUCUUAUGCUUACUUUAUUUUUUAGAGAACCCCUACAUGCAGCAAACUACUUUUGACCACUGAUGUGGUCAUAUAUAUGUGUGUGUGUGUGUGUGUGUGUGUGUGUGUGCAUCAUUUAGUUGAAAGGUUACAUUUUUUUAACAGUACUGCUAUUUAGAUAUAUUACCUGAUUAUAACACAAACCUGUUUCGCUUUGUAUAGCUUUUUAACACAGUUUGCAGUGUAUGUACAUUCAGAAAUGAUCAUUUUAAAGAAAGAAAUUAAUAAAAGAUUUUAAAGAAAAUAUUAGAAAAAAAAUAAAUAUAUCAAAUUUAACCUCUAAAUAGAAUUGUGUGAAGUAUAUUUAUAGAAAUUCAGCACUGAAAUUAGCACAUUUUAAAUUUUGCUAAAGAGACAAUGGCCUUUCACUAUCACAUUAGCAAAUAUGACGUGACCGUUGCUGUACUUACUAAAUACUACUGGAAAAUGCUGCAAAGGUAAUAGGAGCCAUUCCUCUCAACCUUCCAGCAAUGAAAUGCAUGAAUAACAAGACAACUGAGCUAAUAUUAGCUUAAAUUUAUUGUAAAAAGCUAGUUUCAUACUUGAGCCUGGUUAUUGAAAGAAACGGUCUGUUAUUUAUGUAUGAUUGCAGUGGUAAGCCUGUAUUGUGAGGGUGUUGAGAUUUCCCUUGCGAAUAAUAUUGCCUUCUGCCGAGCCUACAAAAACUUAAAACUAACAAAGUGCUUUUUUUUGUUUUUUUGUGACAAAACAAAUUAAAGCUGAUUUCCUGAUUUUAAGUUAAUGAAUUGAGUGCACUGAAGCAAGGUGAUAAAUAAUGUUCCUGUCUAGAACAAUUGAAGAUGAGAUGUGUGUGUGUGUGCGCGUGUGUGUGUGUGUGUGUGUGUG